AUGCUAUUUUUAGAAAAGUUAAAAGAAGAUGGAACUCUCACUACUACUGUUGACGAAAAAAGACAUGAAAUAUGGAAGGCACUUCUACCUGAAAUUGAUCAUGGUCUUGAUAGAGAGUUUGAAAUUGAUGACGAUUCUCGAUGGCCAAAAUUAGAGUUUGAUGAAGUUGACUCUGCAUUGGCUGAUACCCCAAAUGAUAAAGCUCCAGGAGACGAUGGAAUUACUGGCAAAGUUUUAAAGAUGGCAUGGCUGAAUAAAGACUUUAAGGAAAGGUUUUUCAAGCUUCUCCAAGCUUGUGUGAAGUUUGGAUACCACCCAAAAGUCUGGAGACAUGGCAUUAUUGUUGUUAUACCUAAACCUAAGAAACCUGACUAUUCAAAGCCAAGAGCAUACCGACCAAUUUCCUUACUUAAGAUUCCAUCUAAAGUACUGGAAAAAAUUAUACAAAAAAGAAUGACCAAGCUUACAACACACUUACUUCCACCAGAGCAAUAUGGGGGAAGACAAGGUUAUUGUGCUACUGAUGCUGUUUUGGAACUUGUCCAAAGAAUUGAAACUAGUAAAGAAAAAAUUUCAGCUAUGCUCAUUGAUAUUCAAGGAGCUUUUGAUAAUGUUAACCGAAAUAUAUUGGCAGACACAAUGGAGGAUAUGAAGCUACCCAAAGCACUUAUAAACUGGACGUACCAAUUUGUAAGUGAAAGAGAAGCUAGUAUGCUCAUGGACCGAAGAAAAGGAUCAGUACAAAAAAUUAGUACUGGAAUUCCACAAGGCUCACCUAUUCCACCACUACUUUUUUUGAUAUAUUCCACACCAAUGUAUCAUGCCAUUAAAGAAUGGGGUGGAACUCCUUUUGGCUUUAUUGAUGAUGUUACUAUUACCGUUGAAGGUAAAAUUGAAGAAAAUACCAAAAGCUUAAGCAACAUAUUAGAAAAAUGUUGUAAUUGGGCUAAAUCAAAAAUGACCAAAAUUGAUUUGGGUGAUAAAUUGGGUUUUAUUCAUUUUACAAAAAAUGUGAAACCUAAAGAUGAGAAAGUGGAACUUACUUUACCUAAUGGAGAACUUCGUGAACCCCAAAAGGAAGUUAAAUUGCUUGGAAUUACUUUGAACAAUCUGCUUGAUUUUAAAUCUCAUAUUUUGAAUAAAAUCAAUAAAGCAAGAAAAGCUGUUGGUGCUAUUUGGCAUCUUGGUGGCGUGCAAAAAGGUAUGCGAGGGUCUGCAGUCAGAUCACUGUAUAUUGCUUGCGUGAGACCAAUUGUCGAAUAUGGCUUAGAAAUUUGGCAUCAUAAAAUCUUGAAAGGAGAAAUCCACAAGUUGGAAGUGAUGCAGAACAUGGCUUUAAGAAGAAUUGUUGGUGCUUAUCGCACAACUCCUAUUGCGGUACUACAAAAUCAUUUGUUAACAUUGAUUGAGAAAUCUCCAAUUGCAAAGCUAACCACGCUUUAUAUGUUGGCGAAAGAUGAUAGAGACUAUAUGAUUAAAAAGGAUGAAAAACGAAAAUGCAAGAGGGUUGAACCUCUUACACUGAAACAACAACAAAAUCAGACGAUUGGAAUUUUGAAGAAACAAGCAAUGGAAGAAUGGCAAGAAAUGUAUUGGAACAGUAGUAAGGAUCUGUGGUAUCAUAAUAUCACAGUGGAGUCGAAAUGUACUGAUAAUCUUUCCAAAAUGGUUACGGGAGUGAUCAUGAAGAAAGAUAGUCGAAGGAUCUUGAGUAAUAUUACUCAAUUUCGCACAGGCCAUGGCAACUUUGGCGCAUGGUUUAAAAAGUUUGGAAUUGAAAAGGAUAGUUACAACUGCAAAUGUGGAGAGCUGGAAACAGUUCAUCACAUUUUAGUUGAGUGUCCUUUGCUUGAAGAGGAAAGAAAAGGACUGAAACGGAUAUCUCCAGAGAUGGACAUGUCGAGUCUCUUAAAAAGUUUAACUGACUUACAAGAGAUUGUAAGCUUUAUCUCUGCUUGGAGGUAUUAA